AUGUCCGCCAGGAAGAGCAUCGCCGUGAUCGCCAUGAGCGUGCGCCGGCCGCGAGUCGGCCUGCACGUGGCGACCAACGUACACGCCGUCGUAUCCAAGGCCGCGGGCGACGAGUUCGCGGUCAAGCUGGUGGACCUGGCCGAGUUCAAGUUGCCAGUCUACGACGAGGAGCUCACGCCCGCCAUGGUCACGGACCCGCAGGCGCAGUACCAGUACGAGCACACCAGGCGCUGGUCGGCCGAGAUCGCCUCCCACGACGCCUACGUGCUCGUGCUGCCCGAGUACAACUAUAGCAUAUCGGGCGGCGCCAAGAAUGCCAUCGACUACCUCUACAACGAGUAUGCUUGGAUGCCCUCUCUGAGCAGUAUGAUAUGGAUCGGCAAGCCGGUCGCCGUCGUCACCUACGGCAUCUUUGGUGGCCAAAACGUAUCAGCUGCCGCCAAGCAGAUUCUGGAUGGCAUGAAGCUACGCGUGGCCCCCACACGACCUAGCUUGGGCUUUGUUGGCAAUGCCGACGGCAAGGAUUUCAUGCUCGCUACGCAGGGUCAGCUCGGCGACGAAACCAAGAACUUUAUUCUGGAGGGAGAUGGUUUCAAGCAGAUAACCAAGAGCUUCGACGAGCUUAAGGCUUUACUGGCGACUCCUGUAGGAGCUAAGUAA